AGAGGAUGGAUCGACAGGGGACGUAGAAUAUCUGCGGUAAAAUUUGACAGAUGACAUAGAAUUAGCUGCUCGUGAAAGAUUGAAUGGAAGCAACGGACGGAACGGAGACACGACGGGAAUCGGACAAAAAGUGCGUCACUGCGCAGACAUCAGAGGGCAGCUGCUGCCAUGCUAAGGAAGCCAGUUCACAGACCGACCCCAAAGUGCAAGGACAUGGACCUCGGUUAUCGAAAGUUAACCUUUACACGUUGUUGAGCCUGUGGAUGGAGCUAUUUCCCCAACAGAAAGCUGUCUUCAACAACGAAAAUGAAGUUACCCGCGGAACCGGUUUGGUCGUGGUCCACGAGAGGAGAGUUCUGGGCCUUCACUGCUCGAGCGCGGAUCUGCACGCGGGACAGGUAGCAGUGGUCAAGCACGGACCUCGCCUCGCUGGGUGUGACCUGUACUUCUCCAGAAAGCCCUGCUCCACCUGUCUGAAGAUGAUCAUCAAUGCCGGGGUCAGUCGGAUAUCAUACUGGCCCGGAGACGCCGAGAUCAGCCUACUGGCCGGCGAUGAGGUCAGCAGCGGCGCGGACGGUGGCCUGGAGGCGGAACUGGACGCUGCGGCCGCAGAGAAGCUGAAGUCCAGCAGCCGGCCAUAUAUGGGCGUCCUCCUGCAGCCGCUGAGCUUCAGCAUGCAGCAGUACGUGGAGGAGACGUCCGCAUCCUGCGACUUCCAGGAGAAGGUGACCUCUGACCUGCCCGCGGUGGACGCAGGGGAUCUGUUCCGGCAGCAGCAGUGGAAGAACCGGGACGAGCUCUCGCGCGUGUUCCUGGUGGCGGACGAGGCCAGGCACCGCGGACUGCUGACCAAGAUGGGCCUCGUGACGUUCUGCGCGGAACCGUACUUCAGCAACCUGAGGCAGCACAUGCGGGACCUGGUCAGACUGUUGGCCUCGGUGGCCUCCAGCGUUCCGCGCGUGGACGAUGCUGGCUAUGGGUUCUACCUGAAAGGAGGUUCUAGCACCGUCACGUCCCCCGCCCUGUCCCAGGACGUUAUACGCCACUGCAUCAUCCAAGCCCAACUACUAGCCUUUAGAACCGAGGAUCCUAAGGUUGGAGUGGGGGCGGUGAUCUGGGCCGAGGGGCAGCUGGGCCUCUGUGACGGCACAGGCAGGCUGCACCUGGUGGGCUGUGGCUACAACGCGUACCCCGUGGGCUCUGAGUACGGCGAGUACCCGCAGAUGGACGACAAGCAGGGCGACCGCCAGAGCAGGAAGUACCGCUACAUCAUCCACGCCGAGCAGAACGCCAUCACCUUCAGGAGCGUGGAGAUGAAAGAGGAGGAGACGACGAUGCUGUUCGUCACCAAAUGCCCGUGUGAUGAAUGCGUGCCUCUGAUCCGUGCCGCAGGCAUCCAGCACAUCUACACAACCGAUCUGGACAGCGGCAAAAAGAAGAACGACAUUUCCUACCUCAGGUUUGACGGCCUCCAGGGAGUACAGAAAUUCAUUUGGCAAAGGAGACCCCAGCCAAAGAGCGUGUGUGAGAGGCAUUCUCCAUUCACAGUAGCAAAUGGCUGCAUGAAGCACCCGAGGCAGGAUUCAUCGGAGCCGCUGCCCAGUAAGAGGCUGUGUUCGUGAAGAAACAUGUCCAUGCGGAGAUGCUGCAUGUUUUAAGAACUUUUAUCAUUUGGCAAUAAGGACGGGAGGCAACCAGACGUCAAUGGGUCUUGUGAGAGCUGAGGGCAUACGCACAUAUUGUUGACUGCAUGUUGACUUCCAAGAUGCGUUUGCGGUUUAUAGUUAAAUAUUUGAUCAUAUUUUAGAUGUUUUAAUCAGAAGUUCCGUUAAUGUAAGAAAGAGUUGUGCGAAUGAUGACUGACUAGAUGUACAGUAUACGUGAGGCAAAGUAAAGAGUUGAAAACCGA